AAAUGACAGUUUUUUUUUUACUUCUGUGUAACAGAUUUUUUGUUAUGUUUUUGAUUAAAUGGAUUUUAUUAGUAACAGAAUGAUAUCUUUCGUUCCAGAAAUACCGUAUACAUUUAAAGUGCUGAAACGAAUAUUCUACAUGCUAUAUCAUCCUAGAAGAUGUUUAUUGGCAAAGCCUAGAUAUAUUCAACUUCGUGAAAUAAAUACGGUUUGCGGUGAUAUAAUUUCUUUGAAUCUGACAAGAGGUAUAGACCAUUUAAUUGAUACGCGGAUCAACAAAGGCGUAGCAUUUACUUUAGGUGAACGUCAAGCGCUAGGUAUAAUGGGAUUAUUACCAGCCGUGGUGAAGACUCAAGACGAACAAGUGGAAAAUUGCCGGCUAUCCCUCGAUAAUUAUCAUCACAGUUUGAACAAAUACAUCUAUCUGGUCGAGUUACAGGAUAGAAAUGAAAAGUUGUAUUUCCGACUUUUGUCGGAAAACGUAGAGAAAUAUAUGCCUAUAGUAUACACACCUACUGUUGGCUUGGCCUGUCAAAGGUUCGGAUUGCUGUUUAGACGUCCGAGAGGACUUUUUAUAACUAUUCACGAUAAAGGACAUAUACUUGAAAUCUUAAAUAACUGCUCUAGCAAUUGUAAUAAACGGUAUAAAGUAGAAGCUGUCGACAGAGACUUCUUCUGCGCGCCUAUGAUAAGAAAAUUCAUGUUACAUUUUACUCCUAUGUUAAAUUUCAUCCAGACCCAUAAAAUUCUCGAGGAUCCUCUAUAUAUUGGUUUAAGGCAAAAACGUGUACGGGGUAAAGAAUAUGACGAUUUUAUUGAUGAAUUCAUGGCUGCGUGUGUACAGAAAUAUGGCCAAAGUGUACUAUUACAGUUUGAAGAUUUCGCUAUGGCUAAUGCAACACGACUUUUGGCUAAAUAUCGAGAUCAAUAUUGCACUUUUAAUGAUGACAUCCAAGGCACGGCGUCAGUCGCCGUCGCCGGACUUCUAGCGGCAAUUAGAGUCACUAAGAAGAAAAUAAGUGAAAACACUUUUAUGUUUCUUGGUGCUGGUUCCGCGGCUACAGGUAUCGCAGGUUUGGUAAUAUUAGCUAUGUCUAAGGAAGGUUUGACGGCAGAAAAAGCUCGUGAGAAGAUUUAUAUGAUCGACAUAGAUGGACUUCUUACGACACGUCGCGAAAGUGGUAUACCCGAACACGCCAAAGAUUUUGGAAGAGAUUUGGAGCCGGAAAAGAAUUUUGAAGCAAGCGUUAAGAAAUAUAAACCUACAUGCCUUAUUGGUUGUUCAACUGUCGGCGGUGCGUUCACACCUGCAAUACUGAAACAAAUGGCACAGAAUGCGGAAAUACCGAUCAUAUUUGCACUAUCGAAUCCCACCACUAGCGCGGAAUGUACCGCACAACAAGCAUACGACAAUACGAACGGUAAAUGUUUGUUCGUGUCUGGAUCUCCGUUCCCUCCGGUUGAUUAUCAAGGGAAGAAAUAUCACACGGGUCAAGGAAACAACGCUUAUAUAUUUCCCGGUUUAGCUCUCGGUGUGAUUGUUGUUAGAGCGUAUAAAAUAACUGAUGAAAUGUUUCUAACUGCAGCUCAGACGUUAGCAAAUUUUGUGACGGAAGAAGACUUGUCUGUCGGACGUCUCUAUCCGCCGCUGCAACAAAUACAAUCUGUGUCUUUAUCUAUUGCUGUCGAAGUUUGUAAAAUGUGUUAUACAGCAAAACUGGCAUCUCUGUACCCGAGGCCGCAAGACUUGAAGUGUCACAUCAAGUCGCAAUUGUUCAAUUUCGGCUACGAAUGCAAUCUGCCGAUCACUUACACACAUCCUCCCCUGCCGGAAAUUAAAACGCGAUCAAUUAAAGAGGUCUAUCAAACAGAGCGAGUAUCACAUAUGCCUCCACCAGAAAAAUAACGUUAAGAAGCAAUUCAAACUAAUCGGAUUUAAAGAGUUACUACCCGAAUGAGAUAUUUUCGUUUGGUGGGCUAUUUUCGUUGUCUAUUGACUUACGUUUAAUUUUUUCCACUUUUUAUUUAAAAACAAUUUAUAUUUAGUUG